GAGUCUAUCGGCAUCUGAAUACGGCUCUUUCUCCUCCUCUUUAAUACGAUCCUUUCUACGACCACGAUUUGACCGCCCUCUCAUACCUCUCUUAACGAUCUCUCUUUUUCUUCUCACAGCAUAUUUACAUAUCUUCCAAAGGAAUCCACUGCCGCACCUUUUGGGACCUAACGACAGCCUGCACACUUGCUUCUUUGGUCACAUCGCAGGAAUUAGGAUAAUAAUGAUUCAGUCUCUCGCCAUAUUCGCAGCUGAUCUGUGGUCACUGCAGGCACUGCUUGCUCUGGCUGUGGUCGCGAUCCUGGGUACCCUAGUCAGCCUCUGCCCGCAAUGGCUGCGUGCAUGCAUAGUGCAUAUGGUGGCAUAUCAAAAAGACCCAGCGCACUCUCAAGCAUGGGAGUAUCAUGCGUAUCGCCUGUGUCCGCCAUUGCUGCCACAGUUUAUGAUCAGCAACCUGCUUGAGGCAGCACCGGCGGCAGACAGCGCCUCAAUCAGUAAUUCCGUAGGCGAUUCAGCAUCCCGAUGUGCCGACAAGGACAAUAUUUGCAACACAAAAGACAAGGCAGUUUCUCAAACGGCCCAACAAGAGUCGCAGAUCGAGCAGCAACCUCCUGAUGACCUCUUACUCAGUGAUACAGACACACCUGAAGACCACGCUGGCGACCCAGACCAUGGUCGCGAAUAUUCUACGGAGAGACUAGUUGAGUGGUCUCCUCUCAACGACCACCCCUUAUUUGAUCAUAAAGACCACCGGAUGUACCAGCCGGAACCGAUCGGACACCGACCUAGCACGGAUGGAAUGCGUCCAUCGACAACGAGCAGUUGGGCAAUACCCACGGCAGAAAUUACUCAUUUGAAGCAUCGUAGCCCAUCGACACCAUGCUCGCUAUCUAUGUAUUCGGACUCGGAAUUUUCACUGUUCUCCGAGCCAUUCGUCAACUGAGCACGUAUCUUGGACAAUAAAUGUAGGUCUUCAUGGCACUUUGUGAUUGAAUGCCUG